AACAACUUGUAAAGCAUGAAACGAUCCAGUAUAAGUGUUAGAAAGGGAAGUAACGACGAAUCCGUCAUAGCCUCCAGCCUUCACGUCAGACGACAGUCUGUCCAGGGGCGGCGACACUCCCUAGUGGACACCGUCCACUUUGAGGGGGUCCCGUGGCAGAGCUUGAGCCAGUCACCCACGGGCGGGCCCGGCAGGAGGGAGAGCGUCACUACCACCUCCCAGCUGAACAGUGCAGUCCAGGAGUCCAGGAAACCCAAGUAUGUCAUCUGGCCAGAGUUCAAUGAUGCUGAUAUCAAUGCUGAGAAAUGGGAGGCAGCAAAGCGUGAAGACAAGAAAGGAAAAUCUCCAAUUGUGCCUUAUUCCAACCUUUUUGAGGAUCCUGAUGGGAAAAUUGAAAUGCCACCCUCCCUAAAAGUCGAUGUCUGGAAGCGACCAGCAGAAUUUAUUACAGACAGGGUCCCUGUUGUUGUGGAUGUGGAUCAUAUCGUUGAUGGCAUUGAUCUGGUCUCUAGCAAUGAACACAUUGAUAAUUGCGAGUUUCUGCGCCAUUGCAUGAGCCAAAUUGUUGCUCUCUGGGACAUGAGCGCAGUUAAAGUAUCAUCAGAGACCAUCCUAGAUGCGCUGGUGCCAGGAGAUGACCCCUCCCACACCUGGAGACCCUGGGAUCACAUCUACGCCCUCUGCAAGGCUGGAAAAGGUGCUCACCUCCCCCUCUACAACAACUACGGGAAAUAUGUGGUCAAGCUUUAUUGGAUGGGUGUAUGGAGAAAAAUCAUAAUUGAUGAUUUGAUGCCCUUUGAUGAAGAAGACAGGUUGCUGCUGCCUGCCAGUGCAUUGAGCCACGAGCUGUGGCCUAUGCUGUUAACUAAAGCAUUGAUUAAAGUUGCUUCCCUUGACUACUCUGGUGGUAACCCUAGCCAGGAGUUUGGGGACAUGACAGCCAUACAUUGCUUGACAGGUUGGCUGCCAGAAGCCAUCCCAUUACACUAUGGGUUUAAGAAAGUGAUGCCUGGCGAUAUAAUUGAAUACUGGAAGUGUCUUACAGAUUUAUUUAAAAAAGAGCGCGGAACAUCACAGGAAUGUCUUCACACAACGCCUUUGCCUCUCAACAGCCAUGUACAAGAAGUUUGGGAGCUGCUCAAAGUUUUACUCCCUGAAUGGAAACUUCCUGUUCCUGAAGAAGAGAAAAAACUCUCUGUGGAUACCACAAUCAAUCUGGAGAAAGAAAAAUCAGACAAAGAUAGCAUAAUCAAAGAGGUCAAGGAGGCUAAGCCAGGAAAAGGGAAGGACAGAGGGAAAGAGCCAAAAGGAAAAGAUAAAGACAAGGACAAACUAAUUGGAAGCAGAUUAAAUUAUCAUUCAGAGGAAAAGACAUCUCUUGAAGAGAUCGUUUUACCAGAGAAACCUGAGAUGGUCAUUUUUGCCACAUACAGUAGCACCCCAAAGUACCCAGUCAAAGUUUCAGUCUUGGGAGAAAUGGCAGAUGCUAGUGAGAUUCUGCGCCAGAAUGGACUGUCCCAUGUCCUCUCUCACUCUGUCUACAUAGGACAGACCAGGUCGUGUCCCUUAGAGCCCCCUCCCCCACCUGUCAUCAUACCAGCUUGGAAGCUUAUAAGACCUCGCAAAAAGAAAGUGCCUCCACAUGAUGAACCUAUACCUCCGCCUGAACCUCCGAAAGAAAUCAGAUGUUUAGAGAUCUCCUCCCCAUUUGUCAACUACAAAGUCAGUCAUGUGCCCAUCCCUACAGAGACACACAGACCAAAAUCAUCCCUUGAGAGGGGUGGGGGGCGGUCAAGAGUUGAAACAGAUAAUCCAAUAGAUGAGAGGGAAGAAUACGCCUCCACACCCCCUCCAUCUUUGGACUCAGCUGAAAUCAUUGAUGAUCCCAUGAAAGAGGAUGAAGAAACAGGAAAAUCUGCCAAUGUAAAACGCAGGCAGUCGCUGAAGAAAUUACAGAAAGCAGUAAAUAAAGACAAACCUGCUGAAAAAACACAGGAACCAAGAUUAUCUUUCAAGCAAGAUUUGACUAAGUCGAAAGAAAAUAUGCAGACAGGGCUGAAUGAUGUUCCUGCAGGGGGACUCUCAGUCCCAGCCACAGACACCAAACCCUCCCCUGUAAUCUCCACCUCUGUGGUCCCUAUCAAGGAGCCAGCUUUAAAGAAAGCUUGGAUGGACUUUGACACAUUCUACAAGUGCUUUAGAACUUUGUAUAUUUUCCACAAGCCCAACACAUACCCUUGCAGCAAGGUGUACACAGAUUUUAAGGCAACAGACCAUAGCGUGGACAAACCACCCAGCAGCCUACACAAAUCUGCCAAAAGCCACCCCAAAGAAGAUAUAAUGGCUCCCGCCACUCCGUCUCAUAACAAACUAGACAAAAAAACUGCUGCUAGUAGUUCGGUGGAUUUGGAUGAAAUUCAAACUUUUGGAUCUCCAUCAGAUACCUCUGCACCAUUGUAUCUUUUUGUUGAUAAUUUGAACUCGACAGACAUCAUAGUGUCCUACACAGUUGUACCAAGGUGGUUUGAUCCUGUUGUCCACAGCAUAGAUGAAAAGAAAUUUUCCAUUUCCAAAUCUACGAAGGAAAAUGACAAGUUGGAGAGGGAGUUAACCAACAUAUCUACAAGCUUUGGAGACUCCAACUACCUGGAUCACAAGAACCCCACCCCGAUAACGCCAGGAUCACUGGUGGCUGAACCCUACUCAUGGAAGAGUCUGGUCACAGGUCAGCCUGUCUUGAGACUGAGAACCACUGGCACCAAGGCAGCGGUGCUUAGCUUGCCACCAGGCCGCCAUGUGCUAAGGCUGCUAACAUCUUCCCAGCUGGGGCACCAUCUACACCUGUGUUCCACUGCCAACUUUAGCCUGGGAGAUGAAGAAACCAUUAUGCCAUUGCUCACUAAUGAGAGCUGUCGCUUUAAGGAGAAUGCCUUAGCCAUUAUCACUAGUUUGGGAAAAUGCAUCCAAGUUUUCUCUGACCCAGAACAGUUUAAAGCAGCAUGGAGUGUUUUUAUAAAUAACCACUGCCCUUAUAUUCACAUCAAGCAAAUGUCCAAAGUCCAACAUUUUCAGAUAUUCAACGAGUCCUUGUAUCUGUUACUGCGUCGAGUCCUGCGGGACAUCAUUAACCCAGAGAUUGCGUAUGCUUGGCGCUGUUUUCUAUAUGACGCCAUCACUCCCAAUAUCUUGAGUCUGCCAACAGCCAGCAGACCUGCUGAAAAACUGCAAUCUGACAAAGCUAGUCCGACAUCAUCUGUUAAUCAGGAAAGAGCUCCUGGAGAAGAUUUCAAAUCGACAGCUUCUGGGGGAGCUAGAAGAAGUACUACAUAUAAAGAAAAAAAUGAAGAUAUGGAAAGAAGAAAUACAACAUCUACAGCGGGUGGUGCCAGUGUUCGAAGCUCAGCCAAACAACCCAGCAAGAAACGCGGAGGGACUGCAUCUGCAGAAAAAACAGCAGAAUCAAGCCACACUGACUUUGCUGAGAGUGAGAAAAUAGAUUACCCCUGGACACUCAGUACACUCUCCCACACCGAUACUGAUGUCUCAUACAGUCUUGAUCCUCAACUACUGUACAAAGAACCAACCUUAGAAGAACAAGUUGCCUCGGUGAAGAUUCAGAAAACAUGGCGUGGUUUUUUGGUGCGCAAGAUCAGAGAAGCAAGAAAAGCAGGAACCGAAGAGAAUAGCAAAGUCUAUGACACUUUGAGCAAAUGUUGGCCAUUUAUUGAAGCAAAUGCUGAAGAGAAUGGCCUGUUUUUAUUAAGGGAGAUGUUCAAGAAAUGCCCGGAUAUAAUGCCUCACUAUCCGUUCUAUAAAGAUGAGUGGAACAGGAUAGCCUACGCGGACUACAAAGGAACAUUUCCCGACCAGCCGUCCAUGAAUUGGUUCAUUGUUUUCAGAGAUAUAUUCCAUGUAAAAGAAGAAAUGCUGGUGGUACCUAAACUAUACGUCCCCAUAAACACUUGUAUGUUACGUGUCAUAAAUAAUGACACGUAUGAGGAAAUCCCCAGAGUUUUUCAGAAAACUGCCCCAUACAUUUACAAGAAAAACAAGAAAGGCUACUCUUUUGUAGCAGAGGCAAGAACUGUGGAGCAACCUCUACAGUCCAACAGCUGGCGCAUGCGUCUGAUUGGUUCAAAUAGUCCGCUGCCUGCGCCAGUGACAUCAGAGGUGACCUGUAACUUUGUUACAAAAGAAAUCAAAGACUUUUACAUCCCUAACACAAACAACAUCAUCUUCAGACAAUCAGUGAAGACAGUGGACGACCAUUUUGUCAGCCUGCAGGUCAGCACGUCCAAGCGUGACGUCUACAUCAAGCUGUCCAUUUUUGACUUUGACGAGGAGGUCAUCAGUGCAGUGGGCAAAGGUCAUGUGGUCAUCCCUGCCUUCAUGUUUCAAAAGUCCUACUCACUGGAGGAUGAGACCAGGAGGUCAAGCUCUAGAGCAUUGUAUAGUGUACCAGAAGACCUAAAUGAAAAAUUGUUCCAAGCGGUCAAGACAACGUCACAAGUUGGGCAGUCUAAAGCUGAGAAAACUACCUCCAAACAUAAAAGAAUGGAGUCAAUAGUUCCUAUUGACCCACCCCCACCCUCUAGGAGCAGCGCUAAAUCGGAUGUGGAGCCACCAGAAAAACCAGAAGAGGGCAAGCCCCACAAGUACACCAUCCAGGCCACAGUCCUACAGAACAGCUGGCCCCUCUCUGAGAGUGGAUGGAGACAUGUCCAGAUGCUGAAAGAAAUGGAAAAAAAUGAACUAAAAGUUACAAACAAAGAACGUGAGCCUUCUCCGCCACCUAAAGUGGAAAAAGCUGUUGCUAAAGCCAAGUCUAAACCUGUGGUGGGCAAGGAAAAGGGGGUGAAAGAAAAAAGUCUGAGUCAAGCACAGAUCUCUGAGAUCCGGUUGUCCAGACCUCCCUCUCAAAACUUUGACAUGACUAAAGCUCAUUGGAUCUUACGAGUGGUCAGCGAUGCUGGUGUAGGGGAUGAUAUUGAAAUCAAGAAGGACACUGAGAGAGCAGAUGAGAUUCGAGCAAUCAAGAAAGCUUGGGAAGAAGCUGAACCAGGCCGUGCUGCCAAGGCCUUACAGGCGCGGCUGAUGUACCUCAACACUCACGCAACCAAGAUGGCGCCAUCAGCAGACCUGAUGGAAUCUGUCGUACAGACCCAGGCCAGUGAAUCUGGAACCACUGUCCCUGAGAAUGAGAGGAUGACCCCUGUAAGCCCAGCAUCCCCAGAGCAGCAGUAUGAGCCCGAGUCAAUUUUGUCGCUUGAGCCCCCCAUCCCCGCCCACCCCAAAGAGUUUGUGGAGCCCCUGGACUUGACACCAUUCAUAAGGAAAGCCCAGGGUGAGCCCAAGUAUUUGGACGAGGCUGAGAAACAAAAAGUUCUAGAACAGCGCCAACAGCAAUUUGCUGAGUACAAGGCGGAGCGAGAGAAGGUGGAGCAGUGGAGGGAGAUGGACAGACAGAACAGGAACAAGGCCAAGUUGAUGCAGCUUAAACAAUGCCAGACACUGCAGGCAGCAGUGGAUGCUGCUAGAGAGAGGAUCAACAUCCCCAGAGAGGCCAUCAGACAGAAGUUUCUAGACGCCGAGAAGCUUCGCCUCGAAGAAAUAGAAAGGCAGAACGCUGCACUCAAGGCAGAACAGGAUGCUAAAGCUCCUAAAGGUGGGAAAAAGAGUGGGAAAAAAAGUGGGAAAAAGUAGAGAGCUAAGAAGCAUCCUUUGACCAAGUAGACCUUUGACCUUUUUUUACAUUAAUAACUUUGAUAUAAAGCUGUGAUCUAAAGUUGCCUUAAGUGUGUUAAAUAUCUUUGUAUAAAUAUGACACCUGCUGUUAUAGAAUCUUUUUGACAUGCAACAUAAAAGAGUGGUGAUAACCCAAGACUUAUCUCCCUUGUUGUUUCAAUAUAUGUAUCCUUAACAUGUUGCAUUUCUAGCAGAAAAUGCAAAGAGAAGCAAAUUGAUAAUUUUUAAAUUAUUGUUUUAGAAUACAAAAUUGUACAAAGGUAUUACUGUUAUAGAUAUACAUAAUUGUAGCAAUGAAUUACUGUUAAAUGCUAGUUAUUGUUAAAAUGUAUAAACUAGGUUUUAAGGAAUUAUACUACACACAAAAUGCCAAAUUAUAAUCUGUGAAAAUUUAUUAACAAGGUUUUACUGAAUUCUAUACUACACACCAGUAAAGGUGACCGGUUAGUUUUGGAUAUUAUACAAUUGUAAUGCCAAAUUAUAAUCUGUGAUAUUUCCAGUUUUUAUGUUUUUUAAAGUGAAAUAAAAUAUAAACCAAGUUUGCUUGUUCUUGAGGGGCUGCUCUACUGUUUAGAAAAAAUAAAUUCAUUAAAUUUGUGGAACAGAAAAAUGUCAAACUCAAAAUUAAAAACACAAGGAAUAGCCUUGAAAGGGUACAUUUUUUUUAA